AGCGCAUCCAAACGUGAAGCUGUUCAUUAGCCACUGCGGUCUAGCAGGCGUCUACGAAACUGUUUACCACGGCGUGCCUGUGAUCGCCCUCCCCGCGACCCACGAGCACGGAGCCAUGGCGGGGAAAUUAGUGCUGGCUGGUGCAGCCAUCCAGCUGUCCUGGCUCACCCUAACUGAGGAGAUCUUACGUGACGCCGUUAUGGAAAUCAUGACCAAUCCAAGUUACGGGGAAAAGAUGGCCUUCGUAUCCCGGGUGUUCCGGGACCAAAAGGACACGGCGCUAGAUCGCGCGGUGUUUUGGACCGAGUAUGCGGCUCGCUUCCGGGGAGCGUCGCACCUCAAGUCCCCAGCGCGACACCUGUCCUGGAUAGAGUUCCUCAGCCUUGAUUUUAUUCUGCUAGCACUUGUUCUAUGUUACUGUGCAUUUAAUGUGUUCCUUAAGGCUAUCCGGGCUCUGAGAACCAAAUAUGUGGGAGAUAAAUACGAAAAGCCGAGCAGGCUUCGGACGGAGAAAUGUGCAGUUGCUGACGCUGACAAGCCACCAAGAGGCCAGGGAUGUCGGCGCCGUGUCGGCCAAUAUCUGUGA